AGAACGUAGCAUUAUAACGGUUGUGACAUCAGCCAACAAAUAAUCACGUACAUAGCAGUUAUACAAUAUUGAACAAACGUAAUUUCAUGUUAUUUCUUAGGUUGGUUUGUACACAAGUGCAAACAACAGUUUUGUGUAAAGAAUCGAUAUUCAAUUUAUCGAAAAUGAAGUACCUAAUAUUUAAAUCUGAGUUUGUUCUUAUCUACAGUCUAUAAGCAAAAUAUAUUUUCUUUUCAUACAUGAACUGUUUGUUUCCAUAUCACUUGCUUGCAUAUAGUAUAAGGAAGUGUGUACUAACUGUCAAGUUUUAAAUUUUGGUCUGAAAUGCAAAUUUAACUAGUAACUAUAAACUCGAGGAAUGCUUUUGGGUUGGGUACCUUGAGCUACAUUAACAAUCUUCAUAUUAAGUCACACUCUGUUCUCAGGGAUGGAUUCAGAAGAUUCCCGUGAUGGUCAGGGAGAUGCACAGUCAUCCUCAAGUAGUAGCAGUUCCAGCUCCAGAAGUCGACGGAGCUCAUCAUCAAGUGUGUCAUCUAAAAAAGAUGCAAAGUCAGCUCCACAUUCUCCUCCUCGGUCACCACCACAGUCUCCUCCGCAAUCACCUCCACGGUCACCACCUAGAUCACCUCCCUCACAAAGUUCUGAUGGCCCAAGGUCUCCAUCACCAGAGAGCCACUCACGAGCUUCACUGCGGUUCCAAUCUUCUAGUAAAGCUCGCUCCCCCAGUAACUUGAGUGGAGCUCAUUCUGAUAUAAAUUCACCUGAAAAUUCUAUGCCAACUUCACCUGCUGGCCCAAAAUCCCCAGAUGCUCCGAAGUCACCCAGUGAGCCUGGUUCUCCUGAUAACCAUGAGCAAUACUCAGGGCGACAUUCAGGUGGUGAAGGUCCAAAGACUCCUCAAAGUCCGAGCAGUUCAGUCCGGUCAGGUGCCGGAUCACCUGACACAAGGUCUCGGCCUGCUUCGCCUGACUCUGCAUCACAGGCAACAUCCCCCUCAAGAAAUCCUGACCGAAGUUCCCGUCGAUCAAGUCUCUCUCCAGAUAGGAAUUCGUCUAGGUCAUCAAUAGUAAUGUCACCAAAAAAACGUGAAUGGAGCCCUAAAGAAAACUGGAGGAGGCAUACUAAAGCUGAACAGAAAAUGGUAUCACACUCACGAGAAAGAAGCAGAUCGGAAUCUAGUCAGUCCAGUAGGAGCUCUUCUUAUAAUAAGAGAACAAGUGCUAAGGAUCCUGCUACUGAAGAGAUAUCUGAAGGUGAAAUGGAAUCGGAUCAGGAGGAAGAUAAAAAAUCUAGGAGUAAAUCACAAAGUAGCGAUAAACCUGAUGCAAAAGAUUUGAAUAUCAGCCAUGAAGACCUAUCAGAUGUAUCAGAUCUAGACUCUAUAGGACCAGAUGACAGUGGUAAAGGAUCAAAGGCCAAAUCUACACCAGUAUCUCCAGAAAAACCUGAGGUUAAUGGAAAUAAUGGGAUCAGCUCGCAAUCAUCACCUAAAUCGCCUAAGUCAGACAGUGGAAAAGUUGAAACACCCAAACUGGACAAAGUUCCCUUAGAAAAGACCAGUAACACAGAGGAUGGCGAGGAGCAACUAGACUUUGAGGCUGAGGAAGGUGAAUGUGUGGAGCCUAAAACUGCUGAACAAGCUAAUGGAGAUGGAGAAAUUGCUGAGAAAGCAGAAGAAGUGAAGCCGCGCCGAGUAUCUCGAGGCUCAUCAUUGGAAGAGGGAGAAGUGUCAGAUGAGGCUGAACGUCGGCCUGAAGAGAGCGAGCCGCGGCCCGUGUGCCGGUUUUUCUCGCGUGGCGCCUGCACUUGGGGCGUCAGCUGCAGGUUCCUACACCCGGGCGUAACGGAUAAGGGCAACUACAACAUGUUCGACGUGGUGCGAGGAGUCCCCGCGGCGGGCUACACGGCGCCGCCGCGCGACGCCGCCCCGCCCGAGUCCGCCUGGGAACGAGGCCUGAGGACUGCCAAGGAGAUGCUAAGGAUAGCAAACAAACGUAAGGAGCAAGACAUGGAUUUCGAGGAAAAGAAGCUCCACCUCUCCGUAGGUGGAGUUGUGCACGACCCCGACGCGGAGCUGGCGUACGCGGCCGCCGCCGUCGGGGCCUCGCCGCCGCGACACGAACCUAUGCGCGAUCCUGAUGUUUUCCGGCCGGGACAUGACGUUCACGGUCCCUACGGGCCAAUGUACCGCGGUCGUUUCCCGCGGCCAGUAAUGGACGAGCGGGAGCGUUUCUUCGAGCGGGAGCGUGUUUAUGAGCGGGAGCGGGUCUACGACCGGGGGCACUAUGACGAGCGCUCCGUCAUGCCUGAGGAACCGGCGUACCAUAAGCGCCGAGUCCGAUCCUCGCGCGAAGUGAUCGUCCAACGCGCCGAAGUGGAGCGGCGCGAGGCGCGCGAAGGGCGGCGGGACGGGCGCGAGCUGCGCGAAGGCCGGCCCCGGGACGGGCGGGACAUGCGGGACGGCCGGGACAUGCGGGACGGACGGGACAUGCGGGACCCGCGGGACCCGCGGGACGGGCGCGGCGACGACUGGGCCGACCCGUGGAUGCGCGCCGAACCCGCCGCGCGCCGCCGCCGCCCGCCCUCCUCCGACGACUCCUACUCCUCCUCCAGCUCUUCACAUUCCAGUUCUCGCAGCUCGCGGUCGCCGGGCGCGCGACGCAAGAGAAGGGCCUCGUCGUCUUCGAGACAACGGCUGUCGCCGUCGGUGAUCGUGCGCGAGCGGCGCAUGGCGAGCGCGCGCGCCACGGCCAUGAACCCGCCCGCGCCGCGCCGCCGCGCGCCCUCGCCCGCCGCCGCGCGCCAGCUGGCCGCCAACCCGCCCGCCCCGCCGCGCCACAAGGUAUGUCCCCCGGGCCCUGUCAUCCAUCGUGCGCGACCCGCAUGGCGAGCGCGCGCGCCACGGCCAUGAACCCGCCCGCGCCGCGCCGCCGCGCGCCCUCGCCCGCCGCCGCGCGCCAGCUGGCCGCCAACCCGCCCGCCCCGCCGCGCCACAAGGUAUGUCCCCCGGGCCCUGUCAUCCAUCGUGCGCGACCCGCAUGGCGAGCGCGCGCGCCACGGCCAUGAACCCGCCCGCGCCGCGCCGCCGCGCGCCCUCGCCCGCCGCCGCGCGCCAGCUGGCCGCCAACCCGCCCGCCCCGCCGCGCCACAAGGUAUGUCCCCCGGGCCCUGUCAUCCAUCGUGCGCGACCCGCAUGGCGAGCGCGCGCGCCACGGCCAUGAACCCGCCCGCGCCGCGCCGCCGCGCGCCCUCGCCCGCCGCCGCGCGCCAGCUGGCCGCCAACCCGCCCGCCCCGCCGCGCCACAAGGUAUGUCCCCCGGGCCCUGUCAUCCAUCGUGCGCGACCCGCAUGGCGAGCGCGCGCGCCACGGCCAUGAACCCGCCCGCGCCGCGCCGCCGCGCGCCCUCGCCCGCCGCCGCGCGCCAGCUGGCCGCCAACCCGCCCGCCCCGCCGCGCCACAAGGUAUGUCCCCCGGGCCCUGUCAUCCAUCGUGCGCGACCCGCAUGGCGAGCGCGCGCGCCACGGCCAUGAACCCGCCCGCGCCGCGCCGCCGCGCGCCCUCGCCCGCCGCCGCGCGCCAGCUGGCCGCCAACCCGCCCGCCCCGCCGCGCCACAAGGUAUGUCCCCCGGGCCCUGUCAUCCAUCGUGCGCGACCCGCAUGGCGAGCGCGCGCGCCACGGCCAUGAACCCGCCCGCGCCGCGCCGCCGCGCGCCCUCGCCCGCCGCCGCGCGCCAGCUGGCCGCCAACCCGCCCGCCCCGC